AUGAAAUAUAUCAUAUAUUUAUUAAUAGAACCAAAAUUAACAAUUAACUUUAUUAGAAUUGGUAUUAAUUUUAAUCUACAAUUAAAAUUGUUAUUAUAUUUGAAAAGUAGUAUUUUGUUAUAAAUUAAAAUAACCAUUUGAUAAUUUUAAUAAGUUAUAAUUUAAAAAGUACAAGAUAAUUAGACAAAAGAGGAUUAAGAUGGAAAGAAAACUAAAAGUGUAACAUUUUGUUUUGAAAAAAACAUUAUUCAUUCUAUUUUUAAAUGUCCAUCUGAAUAUUUGAGUAAAAAGAAUAGGAAACAAUUAUGCAGAAAAAUAUCAAGUUCAACUAAAGGUAAAUGGUUCUAUGAUUAAACAUCAUCUGAUGAAGAAACUGGAAAUUAUUCUGAUCUUGAAGAUUAUCAACAUUUCUAUAGCAUUAUUGAAUGGAAAAACCUAUAAGAAGUAUCCUAAUCAAAAAUGACUUCAAAUAAUUAGAAUGAAGUUUAAAAUUCAAAAAAUAUCAAGGAUUUUAAAAAUGGAAAUUUGUAAAAUCCUAAAUCAUGUCUUAAAUAGACCAAGAAAUUAGAUAUACCUUCUUAAUUUGAUGAGUUUUAAUAAAAAGAUUAAAUUGACGAUUAAUAGACUGAAGUAUGUUCAGAAAAAAAUUUAAAUAGAGAUAAUAUUUAAAAUCAUAAAUAAAUUGAAGUAAGUAAGUUUAAAGAUCAUAAUGAAAGAGAUGAAGAAGAUGAAGUAAAAUAAUUACAAUUAUCAUAGAUAUCUAUAAAUCUUGAUGAUUUAUUUGAUUUCUAAAGUAAUUAUAAUGAAUAGAAAAUCCAUGAUCGAUAAGAUAUUUCAAUAUAUGAUUAACUAAAGAAAAAAAUAGAUUUCAAAUCAGCAUUCAAGAUUAUUGAUAUAGUAAAAUUAUAUGAAAAUAUAUGA